UAAUAACAAUGUCGUCGUCGUCGUCUUCUUCUUCUCCACCGCCAUGGGAGGCGCUCCAGAUCCUCGGACCCUACAUCGACGACCCCAAAACCCUAGCGACCGCCUCCUGCGUCUCCUCCUCGUGGCGCGCCGCCUUCUCCGGCGACCACCUCUGGGCCCGCAUCUGCUCCUCCUCCUACCCCUCGCUCUCCGCGCUGCACCUCCACGGCAAUCCCAGCUCUCGCCCGCGAGCGCUCUUCUCGGCGCUCCGCUCCGCCAAGCGCCGCCGCCUCCGCGGCCCCCCGAAGCCCCGCCUCGCGCUCCGAGACCUCAUCUUCACCCUCGACGUCUACCGCUGCAGCGGUGGCGAUGGCGAGAGCUUGCUCUCCUUCGCGAAGCCCGGAGAUGAGCUCGCGCUGAAAAGCGGCGGAAUUUUCCUCUUCGAGGUCGAUUUGACGGCCGGCGGCAAUGCUGCGGCGGCGGUGAAUUGUAGAGAGGAGAUGAAGGUCGUGUGGACGGCGGUCAAGGUGGGAUGCGCUUGCGACGUCGGUGGUGAUGUCGGCGCUUUUUCGAUGAUGGAAUGCGCGGCGAAAGGGCGGGCGGUGGGCGGGAGCGGGCUGUGGUUCGCGGAGAAGCUGCCCGGCCCGCCGUGCUGCAGCUCCAUCGCGGCGGAGGUCGGCGGGGCGGAGGCGGAGGUGGGGAUGGGGUUGGGGGGUGGGGAUGGGGAGAAUAGGGUGGUGGAGAGGGUCAGUCUGGGGUUGCUGAGCGGAGCGAGCUGUAGGUACGUAGGACUCGACGACGGAUUGCUUUAUUUACAGCAUUUUCUGUUUUAGUAGUAGGUUUUUUUUUUUUUUUUUU